AUGUCAGCUAACGCUAAUUGGGAUGACAGCGACAGCGAAAACGAGAACGUGGUUGUCGAGGAGAAGCCGGUGAUUCUACCUCGCGCCCGGCAGCCUUCGAUAGCGAAAAGUUUGGAGAAAGUGCAAAUUCUCGAGAACAGUGUCGCCGGAUCGGAGAAGAACGCUUCGGACGACGACUCGGACGCCAGCUCAGUUAUAUCUGAUGAUAUGGAAGGUAUUGGAGAAGACAACGAAGUGUUGAACUUUUCAUUAGAUCAACUCCAAAUGCUCAAAAGAAAUCUUGCUCAAUUCCCAUGCAGUUAUAAGAAUAUUAUCAGCGAAUUCGCUGAUGUGGAAAUUUUUCUCAUUUCGAUCGAUUCUCUUGUCGUAGAGUGUGCUGCUCACAGCUACCAUAACUGGGAUGUAGCCGGACAGUCAUUGGUCCUCAACAAGCAAAUCGACAGAUUCCUUCAACAAUUCGUUGAUAUCGGAGGACGCUUCAAACUCAUUGUAUUCUCCGAUUUCACAGCUCAAUUCGCUAAGGAUACCACCCUUUCUUUCGCCAGAUCGGCUGCUUUGGCUCAUCUCGGCAAUGGUCCAUAUGCAAGAGAUCUCCUUUUCUUCACGAACCCAACUGAUCCAGAAUGGGAUAAACUUCUGAAUGAUCUGACGCCGUCUUUCCUCAUGAUCUCAACUGACAACGUGACACCAAAUGUGUGUGCAACACCUGAGAUUGACUUGACCAGACAGUUCGAGACUAUUGCAUUCGAUGUGCUCACUCGAUCGAUGUCAGUUGUUCUUCUGCAUUCAAUCAAAGUGAACUUCGUUUCUGUGGAAGCUUACUACAUCCAGCCAUGCCUUGUCAUUGCUCCAGAUUGGCCGGCUUUCCUUGCUGCUCAUUGGGACAACAAUGGGACACUUCUCCGUAACCAUCUCAGCAAGGCGAUCAAGUUCAAUCAAUUCGAAACCCCAGCUGAUCUGUGGGUGAAGAUUAUCACCGAUGCUAAAGCUACAGGAAAAGGAUCGGACACUUUUGACACUCUAGCAGCCGCCGUUAUUCUUUCUUCAUUGAUUUGUAGUAGAAGAGGAGCUCAUAGAGUGUAUUAUCCAGCUCGUGAGGAUGCUAAACGAGGAUUGAACGUUAUCAGAGAUAGACGAUUGAUCCUUAAUGCCGCUGUUGUUCUUCUUGAUAAGGCGGAUCAUGCGGUGAGUGUCAAUGACUUGAAAACAUAUAGUUCUCGUUUUUUCAGAACUCAAAAAUCGAUCUCACUGAUUUGUGGGAUGGUCCUCUCUGCGAACCAAACAGUCCUUCCAUAUCGCCUUCAAGAAGAUUUCGCCAAGUACCAUCAAAAGGCCGGACUCUCUGUUCCACUUGCAACUGAUACUAAUGAGAAGCUCUUUGACCCAGUGCCAGAAAUUACGGAUCCACUUCUUGACUUGCCAGUUCUCUACAGUGUUACUUCUCCAAUGAUUAAGAGAUUUGUCCCUGAAAUUGAGAAAAUGACUUCUCAGAAUGCAGUAGAAGAAGGAUCAGUGCAAGAUUACGCUGAUUAUUUGAAAGAAACUUCACAAUGGAGAUUCAAGCCAAUUGAAGAGACCUACGCACAGAAGGAAGAGAAAAUCGAGGAUGCUUGGCAGUUGAAGAAAGCCAAUCGUUCAAAGCAAUUCCUGAUGAGAUGGUACGAACUCUUCGCCAAUUCCCUCGAAGGUCGUGGUUCCAACCUUUUGGUCGAUUUCUCUCGAGUUCCAAAAGGAUUUGCAAUCGCCGAGGAAGAAGUUGUCGAUGAUAAGAAGACAGGAAAAGGAGGCUGGAGUGGUCAGAAACAACAGAAACCAGGAGCCGGUGGUAAGAAAGGAGCAGUGAAAGAAGCAGGAAAAUCGAAGAAAGAUUUGAUCUUGGAAGCGAACAAAAAGGCAAAAGAUCAGAAAGUGGCAGACAGUGAAAAGGUGAAGAUCAAGUACGGAUGUCAGCAAGGAAAGGAGGCGGUUCUCUUCUUGAACAACCUCUACUCUUCUCUCGACCUUCCAGAAUCAAGAGCUCUUUGCGUUUAUGAAAUUGUUGUUCGCGAAGGAAGAACGAUGUUCGAUCAGCACCAAGGCUCUGACAAGCAAGAAAUAAGAAGAAACGUCGCGGUUGAUUUUGUCGGUCAUCUGAAGGAUUGCUUCGUGAAGCAUUGGGAGCACUUGGAGCCGAAACAAAAAGAGCAAGUGGUUGAUUUGUGGGUGUCACUCGGUUUCGAUGCACCAGCCGGAUCCAAACCAUCUUCCGAAGCCAAACAAAAGAAGCUCAAUCUUGGAAUCAACAUGGUUUACUACCAGCUCCAAUACGGAGGAGAGCUCAUCGAUAUUCAAUCUGAUCCGAAAAAAGACGAUCGUGUGAGUGGAUUCGCUCCGGAUGGAUGGCAAAGAAAAAUGCUUGACUCUGUUGAUCGUGGCAACUCGGCUCUGAUCAUUGCUCCAACCUCUGCUGGUAAGACAUUCGUUUCAUACUACUGUAUCGAGAAGAUCCUCCGUGCUAGUGACAACGAUGUCGUCGUUUAUGUGGCACCAUCGAAAGCGCUCAUCAAUCAGGUUUGUCUAAACAGUAUCCAAGCCUCAAUUCAUGUUUAUCAAUUAUUUCAGGUGUGUGGAUCCGUCUACGCUCGUUUCCGUAAUAAGUCAAUGAGGCGGGGAUUAUCACUCUUCGGUACACUUACUCAAGAGUACUCGCAGAACGCCAUGCAAUGCCAAGUGCUCGUCACUGUUCCAGAGUGCCUCCAGGAACUCAUGCUUUCAAGAACUCCAGCCGUACAAAAGUUUGUGUCUCAUAUCAAAUACGUCGUGUUUGACGAAGUUCAUUCUAUUGGAGCUUCCGAAGAAUCGCACAUCUGGGAACAACUUCUGCUCCUCAUCCAAUGUCCAUUCCUCGCGUUGUCAGCUACUAUCGGAAAUGCCAAUAAAUUGCACGAAUGGCUCGAUUCAAGUGAACAGGCGAAGACAUCUGGAAAGCGAAAGGUCGAGCUUAUCAACUAUGGAGAAAGAUAUUCCGAGUUGGAGUUGUCGAUUCUCAACAUUAACGAUCCACACGGAGAAGAUGACGGUAUUGCGCACAAGAAAGCAGGAGAAAAUGCCGUGAUCCCAUUGAUGCCAUACGGAGUGUACAUGCCAGAGAAGCUUCGAAUGUUCUCCAUUCCAGAAGAUCAGCAGUUGACAGCCAGACAAAUUCUUCACCUCUACAACAUGAUGGCGGAGGUUGAUGCUGCUUCCAAGAAAGAGUUCGAGCCAUGCAAGUUCUUCGGCCAACAUGGAACGAAAGCAGUUUGGAUUUCAAGAUCAGAGCUUAGAAGACUGGAAAAUGCGCUCAAGGAACGCUUCAUGGAGUGGCUGAGCACUGAUGAACAGAAGAUCAACUCUAUUCUGAAGAUUCUCAAGGAGCCAGUCAACACUCAGCUCACCUACAGAGCUCGUCCGUUCAACAAGAAGAAAGUAGCUAAUGACUACAUCGUGACACUUGUCGACAAUUUGAAGGAGAAAGGAGAACUUCCAGCGAUUUGCUUCAACGACGAUCGUUACGUCUGCGAGAAACUCGCCCAGACCUUAGCCGAUGAGCUCCAGCGACGAGAGUUGGAGUACAUGGAGACGGAUGAGUUCAAGAACAAGUACAUGAUCAAGGAUGAGAAUAAGCUAGUGAAACUUGCCAAGAGAAAGAGAGAUGAUGCCGAUAAGAAAAAAAAGGGAGACAAGGAUGAGGAUGCUGGUCCAGAAAAGGAAGACGAUGAGAUGGAUGUGCUUGCUAUGAAGAAGGCUAGAUUGGCGAGAGCUCUGGAAAGAUUCAAGCUUCGUGGAAGAAACGGAGGAGAUCCAGAUAUAUACGCCAAGAUGAUAGAAAGAAUGGAGAAAAGUGGGAAGCAUCGUGAGAGCACUCAAAUACUCUUCAAGCUCUUCGAACGUGGAAUCGGUUUCCAUCAUGCUGGAAUGAAUAAUGUCGAAAGAGGAGCAGUCGAAGUGUUGUUCCGUUCUGGAAAUCUCGCCAUUCUGUUCUCUACCUCAACACUUUCUCUCGGAGUAAACAUGCCUUGUAAGACAGUCAUGUUCGGUGUGGAUACUAUUCAGCUCACACCGCUUCUCUACCGUCAAAUGUCUGGUCGUGCUGGACGUCGUGGUUUCGAUCAUUCCGGAAAUGUCAUCUUCAUGAGUGUGCCAACUAGUAAGAUCCGUCGUCUUUUGACUGCUUCCCUUUCAAACCUUCAAGGAAAUCCACCAUUCACCGUCAUAUUCCUUCUCCGCCUGUUUGCUUAUGUCCAUCAACAAGAUAUCAUGAAUGAGGAAGGACAGAAGGUGUCUACUAUGAAGCAACGUGCUUUCGCGGCUAAGUCACUCCUCGAGCACUCCUUCAGUGUGCAUACUCGUCGUGAAGCCAAAGAUGGAGUUCUGCAGAAGCAACUUCGCAUGUUCUCCGCGUUCUCCUUCCAGCUGCUUCGUCAUCUCCAGCUGCUCUCUCCGUUUGGAGAAGGAAAGAACUUUGCCGAGCUUGCUAUUCACUCCCAGAACGGAUCAUCCGGAACUCUUCUUUUCAUUUACCUUAUGCAGAAGAAGUGCUUCCAUCAGUUGCUGAAGAAGUGCGAAAGCGCGGAUGAAGCUCAACUCAUGAUGCUUGAAGUGCUUGCUAACCUCUUCACCAACGUCCGCAUGUCUCCAUUCCAUGAGAGAAAUGACAAUCUGGAGAAUGUUCAUGUUAACCUCCGUGGCUUGCCAUCGAUUUUGGUUCCGUAUGUUGAGGAGUACAACAAGACUGUUGGUGGUCUCUACAAGCGAUUCAUGGCUGCUUCUUCCAAGGAUGGAAACCUUUUGGACCCAACAUUCACAGUGAGCGGAAAACUUGACAGCGAGAGUGUCUCCCUGACUGAGGAUUUCCUCGUUACCCCACUCUUCGAUCAGUAUUCGCACGAUGAAUCAUUCCUCCCAGUGAUUGAUACCAACAAGAAGGAUCAUCGUGGACGUAAGAUUCAACGCAACGCCUACGCCUACGAUUUCUACGUUCACGGAUCUCGUCAACUCCUUCCCGAAGUCAACGGUUUGCAUGUCAACGUUGCCUGGUUCUUGCUCCACGACUUUGUGUCUAUACUCGAACGUCUCGCUGUCGGAGUCCACAACAUGGCUCGCCCACAAGAUCCACUUGUCUUGAUUCUUGAAGAUCUGUCGAAGAAUUACGAUGAGAAAUUCCGCAAAGCAUUCGGAAUGCGUUCUCGCGAUUAA